AUAAUCUUUUGAGAAAAGAUAUAAAAUAUGAAUGGAGUCCUGAGUGCGAGCGCGCAUUCAACACCAUUAAGGAUAUGUUGUGUCGCAGGCCCGUGCUGGCACACUAUGACCCGGCGCGGCCGGUGCGCGUGUACUGUGACGCGAGCCCCUACGGGGUAGGCGCCGCGCUCACGCAGACAGACGACGCGGGCGUCGAGCGGCCCGUGACACACGCUUCGAGGUCACUCUCCACCGCCGAGAAAAAUUAUGCUCAAAUAUGCAGGGAAGGCCUCGCUAUUAUUUUUGCGGUACAUAAAUUCAACCACUAUAUCUACGGCAGACGGUUCAUUUUAGUUACAGACUGCAAGCCACUAGCAGCAAUUUUUAGUCAAAACAAGGCUAUUCCGAAAAUGAUAGCAGGCCGUCUUCAGCGCUGGGCGGUGAUUCUGAGUGGCUAUAACUAUGAGAUUGAGUGUAUAAGAUCCGAGGAGAAUUGUGUCGCGGAUGCACUUUCGAGAUUACCAGCGUCGGUUGAUAAAUUAGAGUCAGAUAUAGAAACUUUCGAGUUUAUUAAUCACAUUGAAGAGGGGAUCGCUAUUAGUCAUAAAGAUAUAGCCAAGGAGACGGGCCUCGACCCAGUGUUAUCCAAAGUGGUAAGCUUAUUGCGUCGCAAUUGGGAGUAUUGUGAUAAAGAAGAAUUGCGACCGUAUUGGCUAGUACGAGAGUCGUUGAGUGUGGAGCACGGCUGCGUCAUGCGCGGCGCGCGCGUGGCGGUGCCGGCGGCGCUGCGCGGGCGCGUGCUGGCCGCGCUGCACGCCGCGCACCAGGGCGCCGUGCGCAUGAAGGCUCUGGCGCGCAGCUACGUGUGGUGGCCGCGUCUAGACGCCGAUGUGGAGCGCACAUGCCGCGAGUGCAACACGUGCACUAUGGAAAGCCCUAGCCCACCGCGCGCCGCCAUACACCCGUGGGCAUGGCCACAGGCACCGUGGUACCGACUACAUGUAGAUUUUCUGAGCCCCAAAAUGGGUAUUUAUUACUUGGUCGUGAUCGACUCCCAUUCAAAAUGGAUAGAGGCAUUUUGUGUAAAGUCCACUAGUGCAUUUUACACGAUCAGAGUUUUGAGGGAAACGUUUGCGCGAUUUGGAAAUCCGCUAGAGCUGGUGUCAGACUCCGGCCCGCCGUUUAGUAGUUUGGAGUUCGCUGAAUUUUUAAGGUACCGUGGUAUAAAACAUAUACCGGUAUCACCUUACAAACCCAGCAGCAACGGCGCAGCGGAAAACACUGUCAAACUCGUCAAAACAUGUUUAAAAAAAGCAGUUAGGGAUGGCGCAGAUGUUGAUGAAGCGUUACAAACAUUCUUGAUGAUGCACCGCGCCACGCCGCACUGCACCACGGGGCGCACUCCAGUUACUGUUGAAACGGAAUAUGCGCAUCAAUCUCGACUUGCUAGUUCCCAACGCGGAGGAGAUAGUUAG